CCAGGCUAAAACUCAGGAAUAGUUGUAUGAGACUGUCAGGAAUAAUUGUAUGAGACGCAAGAACAUGUUUUUGAAAAUUGCUUACAGCUGUUGAUGGUGGUGCCCAGGGACAGGACAGAACCAACAGUGCUGUCUGAAUUCACCAGUGGACUCGAAGUUGGAGAGGUUACACACACUGCAGUGGAGCGCUACUUGUUUAGUGUAGCAGUUAAGAGUAGGCUAAACAAUAAGCAGUCGGAGAGUCGGGGAUCUACUCUGGAAAGAGUCAUUGUUCAGGAUUGUCUUUUACAGCAUCAUGUUGCGUGUCAGCGUGUGUGUGAGCGGGGAGUGGGAGCUGAUGAUGUGCUGUAUCCCCUCCAUGACGGUGCGCCAGCUGGGCCUGACCGCCCUGCGCCGCCAAGACCCGGCCACCCACUACUCCAGAACCAAGACCAGCGUCCUAUACCAUCACCACCACAACCACCACAGCCAGCACCACCACCAGCAGCAGCAAGACCAGCCCAGCUUCUGGGUCCGGAGACGCGUGGACGGGGCACCGAUUCACCUGGAUGAGCCAAUCGCGAAUGAACUCAGCAAUAAUGACUUUGUUGACCUUGUACUGGAGGGAGAGCGCUGGCCACGGUCCAUUGAGCCUUCUUUUGCAGAUUCCCAAACAGAAUGGCAGGAGCCGACAGAAUACAUUGCUCUGGAUGGAGAGAGCCUCACUGCAGCUGACCUGGUGCAACUGGGGAAAGGCCUUCUGAAGAUCAAGCUCACAGAUGAGGCUGAAAAGAAAGUCCAUGCGUCCAGGGCUGUCAUGGAGCAGAUCGUCGAGGAGAGCAAAGGCAUUUUUGUGUAUGGCGUCAACACAGGCAUUGGGAAGUUUGCUCAAACCGUCAUCUCCAAUGAUCAACUCAAGAAACUUCAAGACAACGUCGUCCGCUCUCACUGUGCAGGUGUUGGUAACCCCCUGACUCCUGAGAGAACCCGGAUGCUUCUGGCUCUCCGCAUCAACGUGCUGGCCAAAGGCUACAGUGGCGUUUCUAUGGAAACACUCAACGCCAUCAUUGACGCGUUCAAUGCGUCGUGUCUGUCGUGGGUCCCUGAGCAGGGCACAGUGGGGGCGUGUGGUGACCUGGCUCCUCUGGCUCACCUCACCCAGGGGCUGAUGGGAAAAGGACUCAUGUGGUCCCCACAGAGCGCAUGGGCACCCGCCAAAGCAGUGCUUCUGGGCCAUGGUCUGACUCCUGUCGUCUUGAAACCAAAAGAGGGUGUAGGUCUGAUCAACGGUACUCAGAUGAUCUCCAGCCUGGGAGCGGAGGCGCUGGAGAGAGCUCAGGCCAUCGCACGCCAGGCCGACAUCAUCGCCACCCUCACCCUCGAGGCACUCAAGGGCACCAGCAAAGCCUUCGACAAAGAUAUCCAUGCUGCGAAGCCUCAUCCCGGUCAGAGGGAGGUGGCCCUCCGUAUGCGAUCUAUGCUGCCCCCCAGUGGCCACCUCUCUGAAAUCACAGGGGGUGGAUACCUGCGGGUUCAGGAUGCCUACACCUUACGCUGCUGUCCACAGGUUCAUGGGAUUGCCAAUGACACCAUUGACUUUGUGAGGAACAUCUUGACCAUUGAGCUCAACAGUGCUACAGACAAUCCGCUGGUGUUUGCUGAGAGGGGAGAGACCAUCUCUGGAGGAAACUUCCACGGGGAAUACCCAGCAAAGGCUCUGGACUUCCUGGCCAUAGGGGUGCAUGAGUUGGCCAGCAUCAGUGAGCGCCGCAUCGAGAGGCUCUGCAACCCUGCCCUCAGUGAGCUGCCCGCCUUUCUGACCAAAGACGGGGGGCUGAACUCUGGAUUCAUGACGGCACACUGCACCGCUGCUGCUUUAGUGUCGGAGAACAAGGUGCUGUGCCACCCCUCGUCUGUGGACUCCCUGUCCACCAGUGCAGCCACUGAGGACCACGUGUCCAUGGGGGGAUGGGCAGCACGCAAGGCCCUCAGGGUGGUGGAGCACGUGGAGCAAGUGUUGGCCAUUGAGCUGCUGGCUGCCUGCCAGGGUCUGGAGUUCCACCGGCCUCUGAAGACCACGGCUCCCCUGGAACAGGUGCACAAGCUGGUGCGCUCCGUCGUCAGGCCUUGGGACAAGGACCGAGCCAUGAGCCCUGACAUUGAAGCUGCACACAAGCUCCUGAGGGAGGAGAAGGUGUGGGAGGUGGCGAUGCCUUAUGUGGAACAAUACCGGGAGAAGGAACUCCAGCGGGAUGGGGCAUAAGUUUGCGCCGGGAAUAUUGUGCCCUCGGACGUCCCACUCACCAAGUCACCCCCACAAGUAUAAAUGUGUAUAAAUGCAUGCAUCCAUAAAUGUGCAUAUUAGAAUUUAUUCUGGUAUUGAGAGCUUCUAAGGGUAUUUUCACGACUUUGCUUUCUAGCAGCUGUGCUCAUUCCUGCAUUACAAAGAAAAAGGUGGUUGCAAUUGCACACACAAGCAUGAUAUUACUAACAGAUAUUGUCUUAAUUAUGGAGGGCUGGACAUUGGCAAUGCAUUUAUCACUACAUUUCCUCAUCACAUUUAAUUAAUCUCACAGCAUUCAACAUUCAGCCACCCAUGUUUGGAUGUUUAGAAACUUUUGCUGCUCAGCAAGGGGCCUCUGGUGACAUAAACACUGUUUUCAUAACUUUGCUUAGUUGACUGUCUUCAUAGUAAAAAAGAAAAUGCAGUGUUAAUUCAACACUUAACCCCUUUGCACAGCGCCUCUGUUCUAACCUGUCAUCAAAAAAUGUUUAUGAUCAAGUCUUAAUCAGUUACGGUUCCUGUACUGUCAUAGCAAUGUUGUUAUGAAAGUUAAGCCAAAGCGAUGCAUUUUGUGUUUUGAGCAACUUCCUUUAUGGAAUGAAAUUUUGUGUGUGUGUGUGUGUGUGUGUGUGUGUGUGUGUGUGUGUGUGUGUGUGUGUGUGUGUGUGUGUGUGUGUGUGUGUGUGUGUGUUUAUCAGUA